AAGGAAUUGAAGCUCGUUCAAAUUAUUCCAGACAGCAGAAAUAUUCUCAAAUCCGAUCUACAAAUUGUACAGAAGAUGAUAUCUCAAUUACUGUAAAGUGUCAUCCGAACCGUGUAAGGGAUCGUGUCGAUUCCUCCUCAAGAAACCGUUCCAUGUGCUGUUCUUUCGGCCACUACAAUUCCAGCCACCCCCUUUCUUGCGGAAUGACCGCAGAUCCUACAGAAAAUCCUACUUUGUCAACUAACAGCUGUAUAGGAUGCAUAAAGUACGAACUUUCUACGUGCAUAGGUUCUUCUCUGAGUCUAGUGUGUGUGGUCAACGUGUCCUGCAAUGACCGGGUGAAGUGGAAGCGCCUGCCAGAUGGCUGGACACUGAGAGAUCGUGUAUUCCACAUAAAAAACGUCCAACGUCGUGACAGCGGCAUCUACAUCUGCGAAGUUACUGAUUACUUUGGAAGACUGCAAUUGCGAGGACAGGUCUCCCUUGCCGUACAAUAUCCACCUGUAAUUUUAGUGCCAAAUCAAUCAGAUUCAACUGUCGCUGAAAGACUAGAAUGUAUCAGCGAAGCCAACCCACCGGCCAGUAUAACAUGGUUCAAAGACGAUGUUCCUCUCUCAGCAGCGUGGUACAGCAUUUCGUCCGAGACAGUAGACUGCAUCACAGAGUCUCAGGUCCAUCCUUACAGAGACACAAAUUCAUCAUCAUUCCAUUCUCAGUUUCACGAGAACUACACAUGCGUCGCGUCCAAUCCUCACGGCCAAUCAUCUGUCACGAUGCUUUAUUCUGUAUUCGCUGAUGAAAUCUCAGUAACUUCGACGACGGAGAGACGUCGAUUCAACGUUACGGGUUUCAUCGUCGGCAUGCUUCCACCUCUCUUUAUCUCAUUCUACAUUAUCCUCAAGUUGGGUUACAGGUCACGAUAUGCUGAAGAAAGGGGGGAGGACGACGGAUUCCGAGAAGAACCUUUUUUCAUCAGCUACUAAAGACUCAUUCCCUCGCCCACCUCAAUAAUGUUUAGAACAAGAUGGUCAAAUGCACUUUUAACUGCUCAUCAGGGGGUCAAGGCAUUGUGCUCAACACAGCUCACCUGAUAUUGAUGGCUGGAGAACGUCCUGUGCAAUAAUAUUCGUAAUACAAGUAUUUCGGUACUUUAGAACUUUUUUUAAAGAAGUUUACACAUUUGUUUAGUCCUGUCCAAAUCUGUCUUUAAUUCAAUGUUUUUUAUCUCUUGCUUUUAGUUGUUUCUUACAGAGAUAAUAGUAUUUGUAUAAAUCACGAUUUAUAAUUGUUAGUAUUACGGGGAACGGAAAGUAAUGUCGUGUCGGCGCAUUAAAUAUUCGUUAGUCUUAAAAACCCAUUCAUUUCUUUACAUCCAUUUCGAUUCAUCCGGAAUUGAAAUGUUGUUGCUAACGAGGAUGAAUGCAGUAUUGAUUAAAAAUAAAAUCUUGACAGCAAAUAUCAAUUGCACCGAAACGGCAUUACUUUCCGGUCCUUC